UCAAUGGAGAAUACCACCGAGGUGACAGAGUUCAUUCUCUUGGGAUUAACAGAUGACCCCAGUCUUCAGGUUCCCCUCCUCCUGGUAUUUUUGUUCAUCUACCUCAUCACUCUGAUCGGGAAUGGGGGGAUGAUGGGGAUCAUCCAUGCAGACUCCCACCUCCACACUCCAAUGUACUUCUUCCUUAGUAACCUGUCCUUUGUGGACCUGGGGUACUCAUCAGCCGUAGCCCCUAAGACGGUGGCUGCACUGCAGUCAGGGAACAAAGUCAUCUCCUACAAUGGCUGUGCUGCUCAGUUAUUUUUCUUUGUGGGUUUUGCCACUGUCGAGUGCUACCUCCUGGCCUCCAUGGCUUACGACCGCCAUGCAGCGAUCUGCAGGCCUCUUCAUUAUACCAGCACCAUGACGACAGGUGUGUGCACCCUCCUGACGAUUGGCUCCUACAUCUGUGGCUUUCUGAACGCGUCCAUCCACUCCGCAGAUACCUUUAGACUUUCCUUCUGUGGUUCUAAUGAGAUUGAUCAUUUUUUCUGUGACAUCCCCCCACUCCUGGCUCUCUCAUGCUCCAAUGCACACAUCAGCAAGUUGGUUGUCUUCUGUGUUGUUGGCUUCAAUGUCUUUUUCACCCUCCUGGUCAUCCUCAUCUCUUACCUCUUCAUAUACAUCACCAUUCAAAGGAUGCGUUCUGCUGAAGGACGGAAGAAAGCCUUUUCCACCUGUGCGUCCCAUCUCACAGCAGUGUCCAUCUUCUAUGGCUCGAUCAUCUUCAUGUACUUACAGCCUGGCUCCAACAAGUCUAUGGACAAAAUAGCAUCUGUGUUCUACACUGUGGUGAUUCCCAUGCUGAACCCCUUGAUCUACAGCCUUAGGAACAAAGAAGUGAAAAAUGCUGUCUGGAAAAUACUCAACAAACUUUAUUCCCAGUCUUCGGGUAUGAGAAGGAAGUAGGUGGGUAACUGCGAGGUAAACCUCUCAGGCCUAGAUGACUUCACAACUUUUGAGGUUUGGCAUAUUUCGCUUUCUUCUUCUUCAAAAAUAGUGGUUACUUCUGCUAUUAAGAAAAGUUGUAAAAGCAGCACUUUGAAAUGUCUCACUCCAGAAAAUAAUCUUAUUUUUGGUGAACAACAGCAUAGGAUGUUUGCAUUGGUCUUGCAUUUGUUUCUUGACAUGGUUUAAGGCAAAAAACGAAAACAUAAAAAGAAUGCACUGAAUUUCCCCUCCUUAUUUUUCAUGGGAAGAAAUGUCCACUCAUUAAAAUUUGAUAUCAGGAUGACAUUUUCCUCAUAUACUAUUUAUCAACUAGAAUGAACAAUGUGAUGCUUUUUGUUUCUUUGGCUCAUGGGUUUGAAAGUAAAGUUUCUAAUGCUGACAAAUAUUUCAAGAUUCUUUUUUUAAAAAAGAUUUUAUUUAUUU